AUUUCUCUUAAAUUACACCUGUCGUGUUUGUCGAGUAACAAAAUGCAAUAAUUCGUGCUACAAAUGGGGUAACCAGUGUGUAUUUGUUAGACACAGAUAUCGAGGUGGUUUAUCGAUUUUUGAACUGUGUAAAUUGUGCCCCGAUAAUUGGUGGUCUUCUGCGAGACCUAGGCGUACUACGGCUCAAAAAUGGUGCAUUUCUGCAAACUGUGCCAGCUGCUGCACAAAAAUAUGGACUUCAUCCAGUGCGAUGAUUCCAAUGUUUGGCUGCUAGAAACAGUGUUUUCGGUUAAGAUAACACCGCUCGAUGGACGAGUCGAACCUAUUUGUAGGAAAUGCAUUCGCAAGUACAAUAAAGUUAUGAAGGAUCUCAAGAAAUCCAACGGAGGUUUUCCGGUGUCGCGCCAAACCUUCAUCGAACACAACAAACUUCACAACGGAGAAGCGGAGUCUUUGUUUCAAUUCCCGAAUACCGACCAGCCGGCAUCGCUCUCAAACUCUCAAAGCCGGUCGUUAGAACAACAUCCAUAUCUGAUGGACGAUGAAAGUAAAGAAUUAAUGUUUACGGGACAGGUGUCGGACAAGACGAACGGCAGCCAAAAUGGCAUGACACUGAACCUUAGCGGCGAAGCAGCAACGGUGUAUCGUAUAACAAUGGGCGAUACACAGGAAUCUUCUGACGAGGACAGUUCCGAUGGAAAAAGUAGCAUCGCCGAUGAGGAUGAGAGCUCCGAGGAUUCUAGUGAAGACGACGAGGACGAUGACGAUGACGAUGACUGUUGCAGCGACGAUACGGACGACUCUAGCUCUAGCUGUAGCAGUACUAGCAGUACCGGCGGAAGCUCAUCCGAAACGGGCGCCAGUUUGCGACUGGAAGACCACAUCGACCGAACGACAGAAGAGACUGCAGUUUUGUACAGUGCAUACAUGGACGCACCGAUAAUGCAAAAUCUACCCGAAGGAAGUCUACUGCAGGGGAUGGGCGAUGAUGAUGUUGCCGAAGGAGACCGAAUCUUUCCAGACAAAACACUGAUGACCGACGUGUUAGAACCGCUACAACUAGACGAACCGUUGGCAAAAAUAGAAGACAAUGCAGAAUUAACAAAACAAUUACAGUGUGAGGAUCAUCACACGGUACCACCGCAAGAGCAAAAUCCACAAGCACAAGAUCAACAGCAGGACCAGCAACAAAACCAACCAUUACUACAAGAUGAACAGCAACAGCAACAACAACAACAACAAGCACACGAUGUAUCCGGCGAAAAUGAAGAAGCGCCUAAAAAGUCUAGAAAGCGCAAGAAAAGAAACAAUGGUACAGCGGUGCAAACGAAGAACUAUGUAUGUCUCGUAUGCCAAAAACGAUUCUCUAAAGCGAUCUAUCUGAAGGUGCACACUCGCACACAUACGGGAGAAAAACCGUAUGCGUGCGACAUUUGUUUCAAAAGCUUCACGCAGGCGUCCAGCUUAAACACGCACAAACGAUUGCAUUUCAACGUAAAACCGUUUGUGUGCGAAAUUUGCAACCAACAAUAUACAAGUGCCGGAAACUAUAAAGUACAUUUACGUACGCACACGCAGGAGAAACCGUACGCUUGCAGUUACUGCGACAAACGGUUUAGCCAACAUUCUAGCAAAAAAAUGCACGAACGAGUGCACAGUCAGGAAAAGCCGUACCCCUGCCAGGUAUGUCUGAAAGCAUUCAGUAACGUGAGCAACCUCACGGUGCAUAUGCGUAUCCACCAGGGAUUGAAGCCGUACAAGUGCGACAAAUGUGACAAAAGCUUUGCUCAGUCACAGACACUCAAGACGCACUACAUCUCAGCCCACACGGACGUACGGCCUUUUCAGUGUGAUCGUUGCCCGAAGUCGUACGCAACGCUGUCGAAUUUAAACAACCACAAACAUACGCACCUGGAGGAGAAACCGUUUGGGUGCGAGGAAUGUGGGAAACGAUUUACGCAAAAGUCUUCACUGAAAACUCACGCUCUUUCGCACAACACCGAACGUCCGUUCCCUUGCGAGGAGUGUACCAAGUCGUUCAACACGCAGGCCAUGUUGAAUACGCAUCGUCGGAAUAUACACUGUACCGACCGACCGUACGCAUGUACCAAGUGCAAUAAAUCGUACGCACAGGAAACGAGACUGCGACAGCACAUGUUGAGCCACGCGGAUGUUAAACCUCAUCCGUGUCAGGAAUGUAGCAAAACGUUCACAACCGCUACCAAUCUGCGCAUUCACCAGCGGGUGCAUUCUGGCGAAAAGCCCUACCCCUGCCCGACAUGUGGUAAAUGUUUUUCGCAAAGAUCAUCGUUACGAACACAUGAAAUACUGCAUCUGCCACCGGAAUUGCGCCCUGAUCCACCUGUAGCUGUCGAUGUGGGACGUGGGCGCAAACGGCGCAAGAAAAAGUUCGAAUGUGGCCAAUGUGGAAAAGGGUUCGCGAUACGCGGUCGCUAUCACAAUCACAUGAAACAGGUACACCAAAGAGAUGUGCAAGACGAAGAGGACAUCGAUGGUAAGUAUAUGAGUGUGGACGCGUCCGACGACAGUGACCGAGACGGAGAAUGCGAUGUGGUUGAGCAGCAUAAUAUAGCAGCAGAUGGACGUAAGCACCAUAAUCUGACGCCGGUCAACAGUAUUUGCAAUAAUCGUAAUGGCAGAGAUCUAAGCCAGCGACGAUCCGGUGACGAGGAUGAGGAAGAGGAGGAAGAGGAUGAGGAUGGAACGCUUGAAGAUGAUGAAGAUUACGAUGAUGACGAAGAGGGGGAUGAUGAACAUAAUGAUAACGAUGAUGAAGACGAAGAGAAUGAAAAUGAGGACGACGAGGAGGAUGAGGAAGAGGAGGAGCAUUUGAACAAUUCCAGCGUUCCGUUGCAGGAACAGCAGUUCCAUUAUGGGCAAAUUCUUUCCGAGCAAAACUAAAAUGGCCAAUUGCCAGUCCCCAAUAUCGCUAGUGUGCCGAUCAGUUCGUCUAGCCAUGAUAUAACACUAAUCGGCUUCUUGCAUAGUUAUUGUGUGCAUUGUGUUAGCAGAACACGGACCCUGAUCUCCUUAGUAAUCCAAAAAGCUGUUCAAUCAUUGUAACACAAGAUCAAAUACUCUUAACGUGUAACCCUGUAGCUUAACUUCCGUGGCUGGCAGUAACUUUUAACCGAUGCAAUAAGGUCUGAUCUUCAUUAUUAGGUCGUAAUGUGCAAUGUCUUUUAUCUUCCGUUCCCUGAUUUCCUUGGCCAAGUUUCGAAAAAGUGGCAAAGAUGUGUUGAGACGCGUUACGUUUCGAAGCCGCACAAUCCCGGGAACGGCGCUCGUGCGUUUGUAUUUAUUAUGAACAGUUUUAUUUUAUAUGAGAUGAUAUUCUAGAAACAUAUACCCUAAC